AGUUUGUUUUAUAGUCUUGUAAGGAACACAUAACUUUUUACUUGAAAAAAACCCAAAAAUUUAUAGAUUCUUUUGAUAUAUUUUUUUUUUAACAAAAUUUCGUAUUGAAAAAAUUAGUUUAGCGUAAAUAAAGGUGCACCAUGAGUUAUCUGCGGUUCAAAGGUUGUAAGACCAAGAAAACUUUGGAAGAACAUCUCAGAGAUGCAGAUGGACUCAAGUCUGACAUUAAUGUCAACUACGAUGGCAUUGGCGAUUUACAGGCUGCUUGUAAUUCCGAUAAUAAUGAUGAGUCGUCCUACAUAAACUUCCUGGGGCAGUACUGGGCUCGCUACGAAGAUUAUUACACGGAUUCGCAAAUUGAGCAGGCGGCUGCGAACCGAUGGAACGAUAUGUCCGUCAGCGAUCGACGCCAGUACUCUGUGCAGAGCCCACCCAUAGCUAUACGGGGUGAUACCGAUUGCUCUAGCACUAGCACUAUCAAGCUGCCCAGCUCUGCGAACAGCGAUGACCAAAUGGAAUCUGAACCAGGAACCUCAAAGGACACAGCCGCUUUCUAUGGCAACAGUGACGACGAAUGUCAAAAGAGGGAGCCCAAGUGCCGUAAGCCCAGGAAGAGAUGCGCCAAACCCAGGGCGAUGUCAAAGGUUAAGAGGAGAUGCGCCAAGCCCAAGCCCAAGUGCGCCAGAGCCAAGCCAGCAUGCCCCAGGCCAAGGAAGAAGAUGGCUUGCUCUAAACCGAGGCCCAGGAGCCGUAAGGCUAAACCUGCGUGCCCCAAACCAAGGUACUGCAAGUAACCGUAGAGAAGCGGGACUCAUUACGCCGCCAACUUUUAGGCCAUAUUUGGAUCCAGGCAGAACAGACAGCGCUGCUUGAAUCGAAGUUGGAGAACCCCCGGGAAAAAGAAGUUCUCAAGCCAGGAAGGUCCAACUUAGAUUCUUUAAAGCCCCACAAACAUUAAUAAAAGUAUAAGUCUGUUAAGUUUUUAUUUUGGACUCGUAGUGGCAGCCCAUAUUUGGAGACUUGUAGACAUUGAUU